GAUAAAUAUGAGUCUUUAUCACUUGGAGCUGUCAAAGUUCUGACUGUGGUAAGAUGGCAGGAAAGAACCAAACCUAUCCUGACAACAGAGGUGCAGUUCCUCUGUGCUAUGAAUCUGUGAAUGGCUCCUGUCCUAAGUUCAUCUAUCCAGUGGUGAUUCGUGUGCCCCUGUACAUCUUCUUUGGGACCACAGUUCUGCUAACGGUGAUUGGUAACUUACUGGUGGUCAUUACUGUGGUCCAUUUCAAACAGCUCCGCUCUCCAACCAAUUAUCUCAUCGUGUCGUUGGCUAUGGCCGACCUGCUUGUGGGUGCCUUUCUGAUGCCACCAUCCAUAGUGCGCUCUGUAGAAAAUUGCUGGUAUUUGGGUAACUUUUAUUGCAAGGUUCACUCGAGCAUUGAUGUGAUGCUUUGCAAUGCAUCCAUUUUGAAUCUAUCUUUCAUUGCUGUUGACAGAUAUUACGCUAUUUGCCACCCACUCCGCUACCAAACCACCAUAACUCCCUCCGUGACCAUGGCCAUGAUCUUUAUCAGCUGGAGUGUCCCUGGCCUUGUUGGAUUUGGGAUGAUUUUCCUUGAGCUCAACAUUUUGGGCUAUGAGGAGUUUUACUAUAACAACUUCUACUGUGAAGGAGCUUGCAUUUUGUUUCAGGGCGGACUGUCUGGGGCUUUAUCUUCUGUUCUUUCAUUUUACAUUCCAGGAGUCAUAAUGCUCUCCAUAUAUGCAAAACUUUACAGCAUUGCACAGAAACAAGCUCGGUCAAUUCAAGACAAGCACAAUACGAAUGGGACCUCUGCCUCCAAAAUGGAGAGAAAGGCCACCAUAACACUCGCCAUUAUCAUGGGUGUAUUUUUGUCCCUCUGGCUGCCAUUUUUUAUUUGUAACAUAAUUGAUCCAUUUAUUGGUUAUUCCAUUCCACCUUUGGUAUUUGACAUGGUUAUGUGGAUCGCCUAUUUCAAUUCAACCUGUAACCCGAUUGUAUAUGCACUGUUUUACAGCUGGUUUAGAAAGGCAUUCAAAAUUAUCUUGUUUGGUAAAAUCUUUGGGCAAAAUUCAUCAAGUGUAAAUUUGUUCCGAGAGUGA